CGCCCGGUGAGCACCGUUAAAUACACUGUGAACAGAAGUUCUCGUAACAGUUUUUGGUGAUACUCUGUAUCAUUAUAAUUUUCGUGGAUAGGUUUUAUCAUAAAUAAAUUCAUCAUUGAUGGUUUUUUAUGUGUCUACUGUACGUUUCAAACGUGAUUUUCCAAUAUAUUGAGUCAAUGUCUCAUACACUGUUCACAUUUAAUUGUCAAUAUUGUUAUCAGUAAUGUGGAAUGUGUUAUUAAGGCCAAUUUGGAUUUGAAUUAAUUCUAAAACUUUUCUUUGUCUCUGAAGUGGUGUAACGAUGGUUUUAAGAGUGGGAUAGAAAUGCUAAGGCUUAUAAUAUGAGCCAUGAGGAGAUCAUGGUUAGUCCUACUCUUCUGCGUGUCUUCCCAGUUGUUUGCCAACCCUGCUUCUAAGGAAAAAUUGCGAUUCGAAGAAAUUGAAGUUGUACUGGGUUCCAUGGCCAAGCUACCAUGCGACCUUGUACCUCCAGAGGAUGACGAUAGUGUGGCCCUAGUUAUAUGGUAUAAGGACGACGAUAAGACCCCUAUAUACAGCUACCAUGUGACCUUGUACCUCCAGAGGUAUGACGAUAGUGUGGCCCUAGUUAUAUGGUAUAAGGACGACGAUAAGACCCCUAUAUACAGCAUGGAUGUGCGAGAGAGGGAUCUACACAAAGGAAUACACUGGGCCGACGGUGACCUGGAGGGCCGGGCACAGUUCUCUAGUGACCUCUACCAGGCGGCCCUCACACUGGCCAACUCCAGGGGCUCGGAUACGGGUCUAUACAAGUGCCGGGUGGAUUUUAAACACUCUCCCACCAGGAACAGCUUGGUCAACGUUACAGUGAUCGUUCCUCCUGAAGAUAUUCAUUUGGAGGACUCCGAAGGUAACCUCAUCACGUCCAGGACAUUGGGUCCGCUGCCGGAAGGGAUGCCUUUGCAAAUUAACUGCAUCUCCGCAGGAGGAAUGCCAAUUCCUCGCGUGUCAUGGUGGUACAACCUGACGCUGCUAGAUGACUCGUAUGACGUGCUACAAGACGGCCGGGUGCAGAACAGCUUGGCUUUAGACAAGACUGAGCGGGAACAUCUCCAUGGGGUUCUCACGUGUCAAGCGCUCAACAGCCCUUUUGUCGUGCCGAAAUCCACUUCUGUCUCCAUCGACUUGUACCUUGGACCAUUGGAUGUGAGACUCCUCGGCGACAACCUUCCGGUGGGGGCCGGCUCGGAGUACGAGGUCGCCUGCCAGACAUCCGGUUCCCGCCCUCCCGCCACGCUCACCUGGUGGAAGUCUGGCGUCCCUCUUCACUUGCCGGCCAAAGAAGUGUCCAGUAUAGAAGGCAACGUAACUACCAGUACGGUGAGAUUGAGGCCGGGUAAGGCGGACCACGGAGCCAAACUAAGCUGCAGAGCCACAAACCCACGGGUUCCAAACAAAGCACUAGAGGCCUCCUGGACGUUGGAUGUUCAUUUUGUUCCAGAAAUUGAAGUUGUCCUUGUGAGUCCAGAAGACAGUACCAUGGUCAAGGAAGGGAUGGCUGUGUCCCUGGAGUGUCGGGUGCGGGCCAAUCCGCCUGCAGAGAAGAUCACCUGGUUACAUAAUGGGAAUCCAGUACAGACUGGGAUGGACUACCAGGUGUUCUCCAACAACUCCCUGAUACUGUUCUUCGUGACCAGGAAAAAUAGCGGUGACUACACGUGUUGGGCUCUGAACACAGAAGGCGAAGCUAGGAGCCCACCGUUCAAUCUUGAUGUUAAAUACACACCAAAGUGUAAAAGUACGAAACAACUUCUGUACGGAGCCUCCCGCCACGAGGCGGCCAACGUGAGCUGUGAGACAACAGGAAACCCUCAGCCUCGGAAGUUCUGGUGGAGGUACAAUUCGUCUGUCGAAGGCAGAGACGACGUCUUCAUGACGAACGGUAGCGCGGGAGUGAGCACCACCAGAGUGUCACUGUCCGGAAGUGAGGGGGAGGUUUCGCUCCUGUGUUGGGGAGAAAACGACGUAGGCAACCAAAGCAUCCCUUGUUCUUUCCGAGUGGUGUUGGCAAAUAACCCAGAAACACCGUCUAACUGCAGCCUCACAGACCGUGGGGAAACCUGGGUUGCCAUUCAGUGCCUUGCUGGGAGUGACGGCGGCCUACCUCAGACGUUUGUGGCCGAAGUGUCGCUGGAGGGAAGGUUGGUUGCCAAUACAAGCCGUAGCGGCACCGCUGAGUUCACCGUGACCAGCCUGGAGCCAGGGGUCACCUACGGCGUCGCUGUGCGAGCGCACAAUCAAAAAGGCUCCAGCGAGACUGUCACCUUCCAGGCCGCCACGACUGGCAGACUAAUCACCCAGAGAAGAACAACGUCCUCAGAAUCUUCAUCGGGUAAUGUUGAUUCAACACUGCUUCUGGGAAUAAUAUCCUUCGUGUCCUGCAUCCUGGCCGUGGGAGCGCUCGUUGGGGCAGUCCUGCUGUGUAGGAGACUACACCAGAGAUCGCCGCAACUUUCCCCAGAACAGAAGAAGAUAGAACAGAUGACCGUGGCCGAGUCCUGCACUUUAUCAGACGAUGACAGAAAUCCUGAUGUUGUUCCGUGCAGUAAUGAAAUGACAGUUCUGGAAGUAAAAGGAGAAGUCCCCCUCAAGGAAACCCUAAUGUGGGAAUCUCAACUCGUACUUAACUCAGUGCCAGUCCACCUCGCCAACACUCAAACUGUGCCUUGCAUGCAGACCUGGGGCGUGGUGGGCUGGGAAGGAAGCUGUCCCAACAUCGCCCAGAGACACGCUGAGACCCAGACUCCACAAAAUGUUCUGGAAAGUGUCGUAUAGAUUUGAGGAUCUAUUCCGGAGAACUCCGAAGUAUCAAACAUGUGUUACCAUAAAACUACCUAAGGACUAAGGACAUGAUAAUUUUGGCUGGUGGAUCGUUUUACGUUAUUGUUUUAAACAUCGCCAACAGAUUUUUGUAAUAUUUGUACUUCUGUAUUGAAAUGUAAAUAAAAGUAUUU